AUGGCAGGAAGACCACCUCCAUCUCCGCCGGAUAGUGGGGACCCUCCGAAAGGAGGCGGCAAAACGAACAAUGUGAAUUUCCACGACUUCACCGUUGCCAAUGGGGGAACUGCUAAUGGGGUUGUUUACAAUUUCGCGAACGAUGGUAUCAAAACCGUUGAGCAACUUGCUGCAGCGCUGAAGGACGUCGCAUCUAACAGCCGAGCCACGAGCGAGAGAAUAAACAUCAUCCGAGAGAAGCUCGAUGACACGUCAAAAAUACUAAGAGCCAUCUCGAAUCUGAUUGAGGAUGACGCCAAAGUGGAGGGAAUUGACUUGUUCGCCCCCGACACGCCAAAGAACGGUCAUGGCGAGGAUGAUUCCGAACCAAAUGAUGUGGAGGAAAGCAAAGUCGCUAAACUUCCAGGGUUCACCCAUCUGAGAGAAGCUUUGGAAGAAUGCGUGGUUGUAUUCAAUAGUAUGUCUGAAGAAGUGACCCAUGGCAACGGCAGCCUCUCAGUUGAGUCCGUUCGUAUCAUGGAGCUGAAAAUUGGGAACAAGCAGACGGCUCUCCAACUUUACCUGCAGCUUUUCAUUAGUCACAUGUGAGUAUGAUUUCUUAGCAUGGUAUCUGCUCUCAAUAGCAUAUUCGAGUAGCAAUAGUUAGCUCUUUUAUUGGCCUAACCGUAUGAGAUAAUACGCGAUUAUUCCUAGAAGUCUGAGUUCUGGCUUAAACUAGAUUGAUAAAGAAGAGUUCUUUUUGCCCUAUAAAAAUUCCCUGCAGACUGUUUUAAAUUAGCACCAAAAAUGAUUCGCUCUACAUGAAAAAAGAAUUCAUGGAUCUCGCAACGAAAAACAGAGCCUACGUUCUACUCCUGACAAACAUCCUCGAGCAAAUCAAGAACCUACAACCUCAACCAGCAGCCCCAACAACCCAUCAACCAAAGGUACCUCCAAAGGUCGACUUACCCCUGGACAUAAAACCUCUUAACUUCCCCGACAUCUCUCGCUUAGCACCCCUUUACAUGGGCUAGAAAAUCCGCAAAGCAAAACCAUCAGACCUAUCCCCAAACUCCAAAUUCUCCAACGCGGAGCCAUCAUGGAAUGUGGUGGUGAGGAACACAAUGCACUUCUCAACCGAGGAGUUCUUCUUGAAAGUCCUUGCGCAAGUUUCUCGUCGAGUGAAGAAGAAUCGUACGCUGCAAGACGAAUACAACGCUCUCAAAUCGCCGAUGCAAAGAAAUCAGGUUGAUAGACUGGUGAAGGAUAAGAAUGAAGUGUUGAAGAGGGAGUUCCCGCAGCUUGAGUGGAAACUGGCGGGAUUGGAGAGUGUUGUGAGGAAUACGGGGAUAUUUACUGAGGAGACGAAGAGAAUCAAGGUUAUACUAAAGACUCAAUGGGUUCCUGGAGUAGAAGUCGUAGGAGAUAGGGGAGGAGGCGGUGGUGGUGGUGGAAAUAGGUUGGGUGGUGGUGGUGAACCAUUGAGCGGUGGUUAUCAUAGAGGUGGGCCAGGGCGGCCUCCUCUUAGUCCGUUGGGCGAUGGACAUGUUCAUCCUGUAGGAUACCCAAAUUUAAAUCCCUUCGGACCAAGUGUCGGAGGGACGUAUUACCCCAGAGAGUAUCAAUAUCAACCUCACAAUGGUUUCCGAAAAGAAACCGACUAUACUGGAUAUCAUACCUAUGAUUUUAUGCCUCGCACUCCACCGUACAACGCAAGUCCUGAUUUUUUCGAAGAGCAUUACAGACCUUGUCGGAGUAACAGAAGGCAUAACUCCCCAAUAAGAAGAGAACGAUACCAUUCCAAAUCUAGAGAAUCCGCUUCCUGGUACGAACCUGGUCCUCCCCCUCAUCAUCCCCAAAGUUACUACCACACCCCAGCAUCCUACGCUGAAUAUAUCCCUCAGACUUCAAACCCCUUCGUUGGAAUAUCCUCAUCUCACUAUGGUCCGCCGCCAUCACACCCUCAUCCAAACCCCGUAUUCGACCACCCAUCCAGACCGCCUCCACCACCACCGACAUACACACCCAACAUGCCCCUCGGGCCCCGUAACGAAAUAAUAUACGAAUCGUUCUCAAGCGCUCUAUCUCGAGUCCGCGCAGAAGUAACAUCCGAAAUAGAAGAAAUAGUAGUAGACUCCCUCCUGGCAUCUUGGACGGAACCCGCCGACCGCAAAGGGAAACGGCGAGCAGAUUCUUUCACGAGGGAGAGAAGUAGAGACACGUCAUACGGAAGAGAUUGGGCUAUGGGCCGUGAUAUUAGACCUUCGCUUCCAUAUCCAAGUCGCGAAUAUCGUCCUGAGUAUGGCUAUCGCUUGGCGCCCGGUUAUCAUGGCGAACCUCAUUUUGAUUCGAGGUACCAGUCAAGGCCGGAUUAUUAUCCAGAGGGGCAGUAUUAUUCUGACCGUUCACAUUAUCGUCGGAGCAAAUCGCCCUUGAGAUACGAUUCAUACGACGGUGGCGGCUAUUCCUCUGAGAGUGACUACGAUGAUAUUAGACGAAGGAUGAAGAAGGAAUUCGUCGAUGCAAGAGCACGAAAAGCAUUAAAAGAGAGGGAGAUGUGGGAACGUGAGAGGGAAAGAAAACACAAAGAGUAUUUGGAUCGACAAAGAUGGGAAAGAGAGAUGUUUGAGAGAGACUUGAGGGAAAGAGAUAGGCGGGAUCGUUUGGAGAGAAUGGAAAGAAUGGAAAGGGACUUGAGAACUUCGGCAAGAAGAAGCAAUGAUGCUGACGAGCAUAUAGAAAUUAGACCAGAGGGUGGUGUGCGUAGGACCCAAUAUGACAGUUUUUACGAGGAGUGGAGAAGAGAAAGACCUGAAAGGGAGAGAGUAGUAAGAGGGGAAUCUAGCAGAACACAGAGGAUGCCAGAGAGGCAUGAUGGCAGAGGAGAUUAUGGCUUGAUACGAGUUACGGAUGACCUUUUGGGAGGAGACAGUGAGAGUGAAGCUAGCAGAGACAAGGACCACCCAAGAGAGAGAGGGUAUCCAAGAGAAAGAGAGUAUCCGGGCGAGAGGGAGCACACAAGGGAAAGGGUUCCAAGAGAGAGAGAGUACCAAAGAGAGAGGGAGUACCCAAGAGACAGAGACAACAGAGGAGAAAGAUCUGGACCGAGUUAUUAUAUAGAAAGGGACAUAGGGAGGAAUAACUUACAUGAACAUAUGUAA